AGUGACAGCUAAACUUUCUUAUUCCACAGUAACAAACACUUUCAAUUUUUUUUAAAUCAUCCUUUUUUCCAUUUUCGUAAAAUUAUAAAGUUACAUACAGUAUAUAUAUAAAAUGUCGGCGGAGAGCUCGCCGAUUAAAUCUUCACGAUCUUUAAAUAAACUUGAAACUGUGGAGGACUUCGAGAGCCAAGAUACAUUGUUAAAACAUGUUGACAUAACGAUUGUGGAAUCUGAAAAGCGCGCUAAUGGCACCUUGCAUGUUCGUGAUCACUAUACGGUGUAUCUUAUUGAUCUCAAGGUCACAGAUCCUGACUACAAUCUUGUACAGUCUAAAAUCAGCACUAUUUGGAGGCGUUACACAGAGUUUGAACAAAUCCACGAUUUUCUUCAAGUCACAUAUCCCCACGUAGUCAUACCACCAUUGCCAGAGAAACGGGUAUUGUAUGCAUGGCGUAAAUCAGACACAACAGACCCAGAAUUUAUAGAAAGAAGGCGAGCUGGCCUUGAGAACUUUCUCUUGCGUGUGGCAUCACACCCUCGUCUUUGCUUUGACGAUCAGUUUAUUAAUUUCCUGCAACAAGAACAUGGUUGGAGAGAAACUAUUACUGACAGCGGAUAUAUAUUACAGGCUGAAAACAAGCUCAAGUCACUAUCAGUGUCGAUUCGAUUAAAGAAACCUGAUCCAGAAAUUGAGGGCGUCAAGAACUAUGGAAGGCAAUUGGAAACAAAUUUAGGAAAUUUUCUGUAUACAAGAUCAAAGAUUAUAGAAAAAAACUAUGCCCUCUGUAAAUUACAUGCAAAUUAUGGGAAGUUAUUUAGCGAAUGGAGUGUAAUCGAAAAGGAAAUGGGCGAUGGACUCCAAAAAGCUGGACAUUACUUUGAUUCAAUAGCAGAUUCAAUAGAUUCGGUGGCAGAAGAUGAAGAGCAACUCGCAGACCAACUUAAGGAGUACCUCUUCUACGCUGCAGCGCUGCAACAGCUGUGCGCGAAUCACGAAGCGUUACAGCGAGCGCUCGAGAACGCGCACGACGCUUUAAACAACAGGCUGGCGGAGCGCUCGCGCGCGGCGGCCGGCAAGUCGGGGCUGAUGUCGCGCCUGUUCGGCACCACCGACCCCGACAUCGUGCGCGACCAGAGCACGCGCGCGCUCGACACCAAGAUACACGCCGACCGGGAGGCCAUCGACCGCGCCACCAGGGACCUGGAAGAGUUCACUAAAAAGGCAACGGUUGAAAUAGAACAUUUCCAAAAGCAAAAGGACAAGGAUUUGCAUGAAUCACUCGUUGGCUUCAUCACUUUACAAGUAAAAGCUGCGAAGAAGAAUCUUCAAGCAUGGACACAAAUCAAAGAAUGCCUUCAGAACAUGCCUUGAACAUUCCACAAGUCGGGCACACACCAAAUUACCUGCUAUUUAUAUAACUAGAUAAGGGCAUUAAAACUUUUAUAUCACUUUUAAUAGAUAUUCAAUUGUAGUAAUAAUUUCAUUGUAAAUUAUCGAACACAUCAGUCAUUGUGGAGUCUUCCUUGGAUAAAAAUGGCGAUCACUUAUAUUGCUGCAGACGAAUUGUUAUGACUUGGUGACUAAUAUUCGAUCCCUAUAUUAAUUAAUCUAAGGUUAAUAAUGAGAUAAAUUAUAGGAGAUUAAUUUUAAAAUCGACUUUAAAUAAAUAAUUUUUAAAUUAAAUUAUAAAAUUACCAAAAUGAUGAAAAGUAUUUUAUUGUGAUUCAAGGAAAACUGUUUUAAAAUCAAUCAUUAUUGCAUGGUUAUAUUACUUUGUAUUUUGCGUUUAAAACAAUUUAAUAAAUAAUGUUUGUUGUAGUUACUAAUGUUUGUCUUUGCGCUAUCAAUCUACAUAAUAAUAAAAAAAAUUGUGCCUAAAAAUAAUUACGUUGCAUAUUGUCCCUUAACACUGCAACGGAUUAAGACAUCGUUUGCAAGAUUGGGGUUAAAAUAUUACGAGAUUUGGUCGAAAGUCCAUUAUAAAAUUUUCCUAUAAUUUAUCAUAAAAGUGUAGUUUAAUUCUUGUACCAAUUUAAUUCCUUUUUUAUUUGGAUAUUAUAAAAUAUUAAUAAAAAUUUAAAGCAUUUUAAGUAAAGAUGGUGCUAGUGAGGUGAGCUGUCAAAAUGUAUAAACGCCAUUAGUUGUAAAUACAAAAUGGCGUUUUUAUCCACCAAUCACAAGCUUACCUCGCUCCUAGCGACAUCUAACAGAUAUUUAUUCGCCCGUUCAAACUAUUUAGUAUACAAUGUACAGUUUAAAAAUGUAAAUUUUAUAUUAUAAAAUUAUUUAAAUAUA